AUGGACAAAAUAGAAGCCUUGCUCAAUUGGGCCAAAAGCAAUGGCGCCGCCAUCCCCUCCACAGUAAACUUCGUCCAGCUUGCGCCUGGAAAUAUCGGCGCCGAGGCAGAAUCAUCUGGUUCUGUUGCCAUCACUGUUCCUGUCAAAACCAUCGUCAAACUCUCUGAUGCGCUUGAAUCUUUUGACUUUGAUGCAGCUGCGCUAGUCAAGAAGACCAGAAACAUCAACGCUUUUGCAAAACUUUUCUUGGCUCGUGAGCGUGCGCCCGAGUACUUGCACAAGUCGUUUUUUGCAGCCUACAUAGAUGCUCUUCCCUCGGCCCAGGCCAUCAACAGCCCUUAUUUGUGGCUGCCAGAAGAUCAGAAAUUGCUCAGUGGCUCCAAUUUGGGCAGCUCGCUCCGUGAAAACCUCUUUGGCUUGGUGGAGGAGUGGUGGUCGGUGAUCUCAUUGAUGCCCGAAGACGCAGCAAAGCCGCAAUCGCAUUUUAUGAACAUGAAAUUCUACUACGAACACAAAUUCUACGAGCCGCAACAGUUGUUCGAGUAUCUUUGUGACGACCAGCACGAUAACUGGACCUCUUUUCCGGCCUACUUGUGGGCACUGAUGAUCUAUAAGUCUCGCUCGUUUCCAUGUAAGCUCCUCGAGGGAAGUUCGGAGGUGGCCGAAAUUAAUUUCCUCCAGGAGGAUGUUGCCAUGUUGAUCCCAGUCGUUGAUCUACUCAACCACAACCCAAAGUCGGAUGUUACUUGGAGUGUCAAGGACAACUCGUUUGUCUUCGAAACCUCGAGUCACGCUGGAGGUCAACUCUACAACAAUUAUGGCCGCAAAGGUAACGAGGAACUCCUUCUUGCAUAUGGCUUCUGCUUAGCUGAUAAUGCAGCCGACUCCGUGGCGCUCAAGAUUAAGGUUCCUUUGGAGAUGUUGCCCGAGCUCGAGGCAAAAGGCGUUGUUCUUCCAAAGAUAUCUGACUACACAACUUCUGUAGUCAAUGAUGCAACGGUGACCGAGAAGGUUGGAAAGCUCAGUUUGGAGCUGUAUGAACAAUACAAGGACGGUCUUGUCUACUUCAUCAACAAGGAUGUUAUUCCAGAAUCUCUCAUCAGUGUCUUUCAAUGGCUAGUGAGAAGUAAAUGGGAGACCAAACUCACUCUUCGUAUGCAAUUGAGUGGCCUCAAUCACCUCCGUCAAGCAGUCGACUCCAAAGCGGCCUUGAUAAAUGUUCCUAACGCUACCGGUUCUGCGAACGCUGAAGCGGUUGCUGUAUAUCUCACAGGCCAAAAGAACAUUCUACGAGCAGCUGUGACCCAAAUCAAGCGUUUGGAGAACAACCUUUUAUCGGAGCAUAAGCCGGAGGUGUUGAGUCUCAAAUCUGUUUACAAAAAGGACACCAGAUUUGCACAAUCCCUAUUGGUUACAAUGGGUGUAACCAGUUAUAAUGAUAUUCUUGAGCAAGAACUCAUGGAUCAAAUUUGGCUCGUAUACUUGAUCAGAUGCUUCAACAAGGAUCAAUACAAGGAUGAAGAUCCAAGCGAGCAAUACCUUCCUGAUUGGAUUCACGAUUGUUUUGUGCGGAUGGACAAGGAAACUGAGGUUAGUGCUCAAGAUGUUUUGCAGUUCCGUGAGAUUUACGAGAAUUUGAUUCUUCCGAUCAACCAAGCCGUUCCCGAGAUCUAUAAUGUCGGCAAAUGGACUGUGCGUGAGCUCGUUGUCAGUACAAAACUUCUCGACACAAUCGGUUUUGUUCGGGGCAAGAAGCAAGAAUGUCUUUUGGUUGAUGACUUUACUGAGCGGUGA